CCUGUCCAACAAGGGACUAGAUCAUGAUUGCUACCAUCCUGUUUUCAGCCUGUAUCCUAUCCUACUGUUGCCAUCAUGGGUAUGCAUGGGGUCAGGAAGCCGAUCAGAUUCCGAACGACGUAAAGAUCCUCAAUCAGAUAUUCCCUGAUACAGCCAUGCACCCUGCCUUCCGCUGUCCGGACAUGAGCCCCUCCCCCACCAUCCCAACCUCAGUGGAGUUUGUGAAAGCUGCAGAUAUCAAAGUCAUAGCAGCUCUCGGGGACUCGCUGACAACAGCCAUAGCUGCUAACGGCUCCACCAUUCUGUCACUCCCUGUUGAAUAUCGACAUGUCUCAUGGAGUAUUGGAGGUUAUGGAACAUAUGAAGACGUCAUCACACUUGCAAACAUUUUGAAGCUAUUUAACCCAACGCUGCUGGGUCCGGCUCCAACAUGGACUGUCAAGGGCCAACCUACAAGUAUCAACGAGACAGGAUUUAACUUUGCGGUGACUGGACACAAUUCUCUUAAUAUCUCUGAACAAACAAGACAUAUGAUCAACACAUUCAAAUCCUACCCUGGUAUGAACUUUAAAGAAGACUGGAAGCUGGUGACGGUCCUUAUUGGAAUGAAUGACAUCUGUGAUUAUUGUAAAAACAAAACGCUGUUCUCCGCGGACAAUUAUAUCUACCACAUAACAGAGAUGCUUGACACAAUGAUGAAUGAGGUGCCCAGAAUGAUAGUAAACAUAGUCCAGAUUCUCCCCAUGGAAUCUCUCAGGGAAGUUCAAAGGCCCACCGUUGGCUGUCUAUUCCAAAAGAAGUUCUGCUCUUGCUUGGUGUUGCCUGAGGAUAACUCUAGUGAGCUUGAGGAAGUGAGACAAAUCAACAUCGAAUUCCAGGCUGGAGGAGCUCCUGCACAGCGACCGUUUCUUCAAACAGGACUUUGCUGUGAUCCUUCAGCCCUAUUUACAACGAGCCCAACCACCAAGACUGCCUGUUGGUUCCACAUUUACACAACUGGAGAAAUUGAUCUCAGCUAUUUCAGUGCAGACUGUUUUCACUUCAGGGUGAAGGGUCAUGAGGAACUGGCAAAGGGUCUUUGGAACAACAUGUUCCAGCCAGAGGGAGAGAAAGAGUUAAUUGACACAUUCUCAGACCCUGUCAGACUCAUCUGCCCACCCAAGGAGCAUCCUUACAUCUACACCCGACCCAGAGCUCUGUCUUCUGGACCUCCCCCGACAUACCUCACCAUGCCUGCGUUGAUCCUUCUGAUUCUCACAAUGUCUGCAGCCAACUGAGCCAAGUGCCGUUUCCCAUGAUCGUUCUGAUAAUGAAAGAAUAGCUCAGGUUUUUAGCUUUCGUACACCAAUGCUAACUACAGUUAGCACAAUGAUAGGAGGUUAACAGUAAAGCUAGCUUCCUUGCAAUUCCCAGAGACGUUAGCAUGUCCUAAUUGAUUGAUUGAUUGAUUUGAUUGAUUGAUCGUGCCAACGUCAGUCCAAAGAGCACAGUGAAAGAUAGCAUCCAAUGUUUGUUUGUACUGUAUAAACUGCUGAUUGCACAUAUAUUAUCUUCUCAAAAUCCAAACUAGAUAUUGUCUUGGACUAUUUCUUUU